ACGCAUCUCAAAGAAGUGAAGAACUGACGCUAAGACCUACCGUUUUUCAGCUUCAUCAUCGCCAUCAAUUCUUCCCCUUUUUUUGUUAAUUUAAUAAACUGGAUUUCUAUUGAAUUGGAUUGAAGAUCGAGCUUGAUCGAAUCGAUCGAGACAGAAAAGCACUAAUUUACGAAAAUAUCUUGGAUUGAGAUUUGAGAUAGGAGAAGCUAUGGAUGCUGACUCGAGGAGCGCUCGUCUCUCAUCGGCCUCAAAGCGGUAUCAAUCCGCUCUUCAAUCGCGAUCGGAUAUGUACAUGGUGUUUGAAGAAAUUGAUGGAGAUGAUGAUGUAAAGGAGGAGUUUCCAUGCCCUUUCUGUUCAGAGUAUUUUGACAUUGUUGGAUUGUCUUGCCACAUUGAUGAUGAGCAUCCUGUGGAGGCAAAGAAUGGGGAGGCUGUUUGUUUGCAGGUUUGUCCUGUAUGUGCAAUGAGGGUUGGGAUUGAUAUGGUUGCUCACAUAACGCUACAACAUGGGAAUAUAUUCAGGAUGCAGCGUAAGAGGAAAUCACGUAAAGGUGAGAAAGGUGGAUCUCAUUCGACACUUUCUUUGUUGAGGAAGGAACUGCGAGAAGGAAACCUACAAUCCCUAUUUGGGGGUUCCUCUUGUACAGUCUCAUCUAAUGCUGCACCAGACCCUUUGUUGUCUUCAUUUAUAUUGCCUGUGACUGAUAAUUACCCUAGCUCUCGGCCUUCUUUUAUUGCUGAAGCAAGCUCAGCCAAGAAAAGCUCAGAUCAGAACAAAUCAGAAGUAAAUGUCAAGGCAGCUCCACUGUCAAUCAAGGAUCAGGAUGAGAAGACAAAAAGAUGUGAGUUUGUACAAGGACUACUGCUUUCUACCAUGCUUCAUGAUACCUCCUUAUAAAGUGGACUCAUGCUACGCCGUCUACGUUGCAGAACUGGACUCCAAAGUUAGAAGAAUUGUUUGUACUUAGUAGUAUCCAUCAUGCUAAUGUAUUAAAUCAAGUAUUGAAUAAAGUUGUAGGAACAAGUGUAAUUUAUGUUGGGCUUAUAGACUGAAGCUUUUAGGCCUGAGGAGACUUUAUCCUAGUUUCAGAUGAUUGAUAAAUUUUAAAGAAAUAAAGGAGUAUUUUCUUUGA